AUGGCAGACCAUCCAGGGGUUCCUGUCUGUUUCGAAGAUAGCGAAUACCGCAGCGUCCGCACUCGCGUCCAGGAGAGGGCGGAGCGGAAUCUGUAUCGCGUCGACCGCAUCGUCAACCGCCUGUUUCUCGAAUUCAGCGACACGACAAACCGCUUGUCGGUCAUGUCUGAGGUUGCCGACGAGAGCGGAAGUUCACUCUGGAUAGGAGUGCGCAAUAUCGAAGGCCAUCCGGGCAAGGUAUCAGUACUGGAGAACCAAUCCAUUUCCCUCAAGGCAAGGCAUGCCUAUCUGUCACAUAACAAGUGUGUCCUUGUUCUGAAGGCCUUUGCCCCGACAGUGGCUUUCUUCACCGAAGGUCUUACCCCCUCGAUAGAAGUACACGAAGCCCAUAUCGAUCACGUCGAGCCCGACCAAGAGGUAGAGGUCACCUACUGGCAGGAGGAAUACUCGGAAACGACUAUGCUCACACUACCCGUCGCCGCUUGGCACUCCAUGUUCAGGAUCACACCGACCGACGAACACAACCUCUGUCGCCCAGAGAAGCCCGCCCGUUUGAACGAUACCGGAACGUACCUUGACCCCACAGCGGCUCAGUACGGUCGUGACCAGGGGCUCAGGGACGCAGGUGUCUAUCAUACCCUUAGCCCGGAAUCCAAGACGCUAUCGUUCACGAGCCUCGGCUACCAUUACUACGAAUGUCAAUCGGAGGAGGAGGACGUUGGACGUACACCAAUUCGCGCUUUAGAAAUGGAGGCAUACAUUCGAACGAUGGACAACGCCAUACACAAGGUCGUCGAGGAAGUCGGGGGGCGCGCAGAGCUCUUCGACAUGUCGCCUACAAACUUUGAAGCCAUAUUGGAGUUAAUGGCCACUCAAGCUCGGUCAGAUCUUCUUGAUGUUGCUGAACAGCUAUAUUUCCUCGACUAUACUCGAACUCAAGACAUAGAAGAGGGAAGCUCUGGAGAUAUAACCAGGUAUCAGGCGGUGGCUGAUGGAUGCAUGGGCGCAGGCCACAGGAGGUUCCUGCGAGCCUUGAGAGAUCGAGUUCCUCGUUCGUGGAAGUGUGAGGACGGCUUCUCAGGUUGUGUUUACGUGGUCGAAGGCAAUGACAGCGAAGGAUGA